AAUGCAGGGGUCAGCUGGGUAUCAUGCCGUUGCCCGCUUUCUCGACGUUGACACUAGGAUUCCAGUUAUGCGGAGGUUCGGAGUUUUGAACACACAAGACCUGUUGUACAUGCAGGCUGAACUUGUUCAACUCGAGAGAGAAUUGGAGUGCAUUUCACGCGAGGAUGCGGAGAGUCAGGACGCCGAUCGGACAGCCUAUCGCCACUCGGUGCAGGCUUUGCAGCAGUCGCUGCAGCGCGGGGAUGACUUUCAAUGGAAGAAGGUACUUGAGAUCCGCGAGAAAUUAAGACAGUACAAUGAAGCAGUGAUUCGCUACCACAAACUCCGAUGCAUGCCGCAGCCAACGCCAUGGGCUAUUAAGAACAUCCGACACAUCCUCAACAUUUCGAAACAUGCAGUCUACUACCUCAGAGACACGGACGCCGAAUCAUGGGAUGUUGAAAGAGCAUAUGAUCUAAUGGCGCUUCAACGGCCUGAAGAGGAGCCUGAUCAAUUCACAAAGUGGACGAGAGCGUCAUUGUUACCAUGUUUGCACAAAUGCUUUUGCUGGCGUGUGAAGACACCCGACCCAGAAACUGAAUUGGUGCCAUAUAGCGAGAAGCGCAUCCACAUCUUCAUCACCAUUUUCCGAAGUUGCCUUGCAACGAUAUUUCCAGCGAUCACCAUGAUCAUGCUGUAUGCAGUGUCGCGCAUGGUACUCCGAUUACUACUUGUGCUCGUCUUCUCAGCCCUUUUCACAGCUGUUAUUGCAUUCUGCACAAGGGCUCGCGCAAUCGAAACCUUUAUGGCUACCGCAGCAUUCGCAGCAGUCCAGGUUGUUUUUGUCAGCGCAACAUCAGACACGAGUUCAGGCUAAGGCAAGUCGUGAUAACGUGUCUUGUCCUGGUGACUUCAGCGUGACUUCAGUGAAUGGAACGCAUAUAGAAAGCUGCCUCUGUAAAUGCUUCGAGACUCGCUUUGGAAACCAUCGUCUACAAAUGCCAAUAUUAUAGAACUGUACACAAUGAAUACAGC